CUCCAUUGAAGACCCAGAAAACAGCACAAAGCAUAGCAAAACAGCACAGCAAAAACACACCUUUCUCUUCCUAAAAGAUAAGACCACCACAAAAUAGAAAAUUAAACCAAAACAGACUGCAAAUUAAAAUACGAAACCCUAGUGUCAUGAUCAGAUGCUCUCGGGUAUAUAAUAAUAGGCGGAGCCAUGAUCAGUACCACCAACGGCAUGAUUUCGACGUCAUCGGCAUCGGGGAACACGCAGUCACCGGGCCUAAAAACCUAUUUCAAAACGCCGGAGGGGCGUUAUAAGCUCCACUACGAGAAGACACACCCUUCUGGUCUGCUUCAUUUUGCCCAUGGCAAAACCGUUACUCAGGUAACUCUCGCUAAUCUCAAGGACAGGCCAGCCCCAUCAACCCCUACAGCCCCAUCGUCAAGCUUCAGUGCUAGCAGUGGGGUACGAUCCGCUGCAGCCAGGUUGUUGGGGGCUAGUAACGGAAGCCGUGCACUAAGUUUUGUUGGAGGGAAUGGUGGGAGUAAAAGUGUUAGUGGCAGUAGUAGGAUUGGGUCAUUGGGUUCUUCAAGUUCAAGUAAUUCACUGAUCAAUCCUAAUUUUGAUGGAAAAGGGACUUACUUGGUCUUCAAUGUGGGGGACGUGAUCUUUAUAAGUGAUUUAAACUCUCAAGAUAAGGAUCCCAUAAAAUCAAUACAUUUUAGUAAUUCAAACCCCGUUUGCCAUGCCUUUGAUCAAGAUGCUAAGGAUGGACAUGAUUUGCUUAUUGGGUUGAGUUCUGGUGAUGUCUACUCAGUGUCACUGAGACAGCAAUUACAGGAUGUUGGAAAGAAGCUUGUUGGGGCCCAUCAUUAUAACAAAGAUGGUUCUGUGAAUAACAGCCGUUGUAUGAGUAUUGCAUGGGUGCCUGGAGGUGAUGGUGCUUUUGUUGUUGCUCAUGCUGAUGGGAAUGUGUACGUUUAUGAGAAGAGCAAGGAUGGUGCUGCUGAUUCUUCAUUCCCCAUUAUCAAAGAUCUAUCCCAAUUUUCUGUUGCACAUGCGCGUUAUAGUAAGAGUAACCCUAUUGCCAGAUGGCAUAUUUGCCAAGGUUCAAUUAAUAGCAUCACUUUCUCAACAGAUGGGGCCUACUUAGCAACUGUUGGAAGAGACGGUUAUUUACGAGUUUUUGACUAUUCCAGGGAACAACUUGUAUGUGGUGGGAAAAGUUAUUACGGUGCUCUACUAUGUUGUGCUUGGAGCAUGGAUGGCAAAUACAUUUUGACUGGAGGUGAAGAUGAUUUAGUUCAAGUUUGGAGUAUGGAAGAUCGGAAGGUAGUCGCGUGGGGUGAGGGGCACAACUCAUGGGUGAGUGGAGUGGCUUUUGAUUCGUAUUGGUCAUCCCCAACUUCAGAUGGUGCAGGAGAGACUGUAAUGUAUCGGUUUGGAUCUGUUGGUCAGGACACGCAGUUGCUGUUGUGGGACUUAGAAAUGGAUGAGAUUGUUGUGCCAUUACGUCGGUGCCCUCCUGGUGGGUCUCCCACUUUCAGUACAGGAAGUCAGUCUUCACACUGGGACAGUGCUGUUCCAGUUGGUACCCUGCAACCUGCUCCAAGCAUGCGAGAUGUACCAAAGCUUUCCCCACUAGUUGCUCAUCGUGUUCACACUGAACCACUUUCUGGUUUGAUAUUUACUCAUGAAUCUGUUCUUACCGUUUGUCGGGAGGGCCACAUAAAAAUCUGGAUGAGGCCUGGGGCUGCAGAAAGCCAGUCGGGCAAUUCUGAGACCAUUUUAAGUAGCAGUUUGAAGGACAAGCCUUCAUUAUCAAGCAAGGUUGGCAGUUCUAGUUAUAAGCAAUGACCAAAUUGUCAUCAGAUGCUAGGCAAAACCAGUCUCUUUUCUUUGUGGAUUUGUUUUAAUUUGCUAGUAUGGCCAUUCUGUUUUCAGCCAGUUGGUCUUGUCACAAUUGACACUGAGGAAAAAGUAAUCUGAUUUCAGUGAAGAUCAAUCAAAUGGUUCCAUUGUAUAUUUAGGGAUAAAAAUGCUAUUGAUGGCAUUAAGAGCUGGGAGGGAGAGGACCUUCUUUGUAAGUGCAAAAAUGGCUGUUGCAAGGGUACGUCUAUAUUUUUUAUUACUGACAGGAAUAAUUGGAAGUUACUCCUUUGAGAUUUGUGUUUCUUAGGGGUGAGUUUUCAAUUAGUUCUCUUGAUAAUGUAAUGCCACAAUUGCCAUAUAAAUUUUGUUGGACAUUAUCAACUGCCCUGCUGUAGCACUAUCAGCUUCAUUUAAUGACUAGAAGGGACUUUUAUGUC